AGUGAGAAUGAUGACCUUCUUAUACGGUGUUUAGGUGGCUUCACACAGAACAGCAAUGAAAGCUUCAAUGCUACGGUUUGGUCAAUAGCCCCAAAAUCAACAUCAAGUGGGAAAACUGUCCUUGAUUUUGCAGGAAAUCUUGCUGUGUGUAUCUUCAACGAUGGAAUAAGCAGUAUCAUGCAAAUUAUAGCGGUUUUAGGCAUGACCAUAGGGCUGAAUUGUUAUAACUUCUGCGUUGAGGCGGACGACCGCCGCAUCGAGUUAUUUGACCGAUCGUUGACUGAAGCUGCAAAAACAUCUCAGCUUGCUUUAAAAUCAGACAGGAAGGAUGAAGAAGAGAAAAAUAUCAAUUUGGAAGGCCAAUUAUAUGGUGCAGGCAUUGCAGAUUAAAGGUAUA